CCUACAUUUACUCAUUUUCAACAUGGCGACUGACUGCACAACAUAGCAUUUUGUACUUUAGAUAUUACCAUCUAGUCACGUUGCGAGGUUUUUGUUCCAUACAGUAUAUAGUAUUUCGACACAAACGCACAUAUUUUCAAUAUUUAUUUGGAGAUGUAUCGUCGCGGAACGGCAACGAAGGACGCAAACAACAAACCGGCGUCGGAUGCAAGUGACAGUGAAAAAUACGCCGACCUUUUGGUGUUCGGCUACGCCUGUAAAGUGUUCCGAGACGACGAAAGGGCUCUUUACCACGAACAUGGAAAGCAUCUUAUCCCAUGGAUGGGGGACAAGAGCAUCAUGAUUGAUAGAUACGAUGGGCGUGGUCACUUACAUGACCUCUCAGAGUAUGACAGUGGGUCGUGGAACACAUCCUACCAGCUGUCGGAAGAAGAGGCCAGAAUUGAAGCGCUCUGCGAUGAAGAAAGAUAUCUGGCCUUUCACACUGACCUGCUAGAAGAAGAGGCGAGACAAGAGGAGGAAUACAAACGCCUGAGUGAGGCACUAGCAGAUGAAGGCACCUACAAUGCAGUGGCCUUCAAAUACACAGCGGAAUACUACGAUCCUUCCCAACCUACAGAGGAAGAGGAUGCCAACAAGCGCACUGAGGAGCCAGAGCCUGAAGAGAGUGAAGAACCAUUUGUUGCUCCCCAAGGACUUGAGAUCCCCUCUGACGUAGAAUUGCCGGCAACCAUCAAGACUCAUAACAUAAUAGAGCGGACGGCCACCUUUGUAUGUCAGCAGGGCGCCCAGUUUGAGAUUGUGUUAAAAGCCAAGCAGUCUGGCAAUUCCCAGUUUGACUUUCUUCGUUUUGACCAUUAUUUGAACCCUUAUUACAAACACAUUCUGAGGGCCAUGAAGGAAGGUCGGUACAAUGUGGGCUCCACCAACAAACAAGAACAGCCAGAAGAAUCCAACUCUGAUGAUUCAGACGAUGAUGGGGAUGGCAAUUACCUCCAUCCAAGUUUGUUUGCACCUAAAAAAAGCUCUCGCCUCGAGGAGCUCAUGAAGCCACUUCGAGUGAUGGACCCAGACCAUCCCCUUGCAGCAUUGGUCCGUAAAGCAAAGGAGGAACAAAAUGGUGUGGCUGCAGUUCAGACUGGUACUGAGGAAGUGUCAGAUCCUGUCAUGCCCAGCACAGUAACGCAGUACACAGCUGAUCCAAAUGCAUCUGCUGUGUACUAUGGCUAUUACAUGCUUCCUGACGGAACAUACUGUGUAGCCCCACCUCCCCCAGGAGUAGAUGCCACCUCCUACUACAGUAGUGUGCCCUCAGCUGGGAUCACUUCCACGACUGUUUCAGGGGCAUUUCCUCAUUCAGUGACAUCCACAGCCUCUGGAAACAUUGCAAUAGCACCAGCUGGUGUCUCCAUUGCAGGAAUCAGCAAUUUCAAAGCUGAAGCUCCAGUUGUCACGGCAGCAGCAGCAGCACCCGCAAUAAUCCCCCCACCACUGGACAUCCAGGCUGUCAUUGACAAGCUGGCAGAGUAUGUAGUCAGGAAUGGGCUCAAAUUCGAAGCCAGUGUCCGUGCUAAGAAUGAUCCACGGUUUGACUUUCUGCAGUCUUGGCAUCAGUACAACACCUAUUAUGAGUAUAAGAAGAAUUACUUCAUGCAGAAAGAAGGGAAAAGCUUUCCAGAGAUGGCAGAAGGUGGGACGAUUCAUUUGGAUGAGUCUGGUAGUGAUUCCAGAAUGAACAAAGCUUCUUUUGCACCUAUUUGUUUUGCCAUCAAGCCAAAAGAAAAUGAAUUGCUGCCACUGGAGAAAAACCGAGUCAGGCUGGAUGACGAUUCAGAUGAAGACAAGUUGCUGGAAGGUGAUAGAUUGCAAGCAGUUGUAGGUGAUGGUGCUGAACUGGCUGAAAAGGAGCCUCAACCAGUCAGUGUACCAGAGGAGAAGAGACUCAGUUUACAAGAAAUGGAAGCUAAACAAGCCAAACAGAAACUGGAAGAUCGUCUAGCAGCUGCAGCCAGAGAAAAGCUGGCACAGGCAUCCAAAGAGUCCAAAGAAAAACAGCUACAGGCGGAAAGGAAGAGGAAGGCAGCACUAUUCCUCCAAACUCUCCGCAACCCAUUAAUGGGGGAGCCAGAGGCCAAGAGAGUUGAACUAGACUUAUCCACACAGCUUGAGAUGCAAAAGGCCAUCUCUGUUCUGUCUGAUCUACCGCUGGCACAAACUUCCUCUUCUACAUCAGCUUAUCUUAGAGAGGAAAGGUCUCACUCUGAGAGUCGAAGAAGUCGUCAGAGCCGGGAGGAAUCAUCCUCAUCACACUAUUCUCCGUCUCGAGGUGGAGACAGAAACUCCAAAAAAGGCAGAUACCGAGACAGUGAUCGGGACAGACGCAGAGAUCGAGAAUAUGAAAAUGACAGAAAUAGGGAUAAGGAAAGGGAUAAAGACAAAAAGAAGAAGAAACACAAGAGGAGGUCAAGAUCAAGGUCGCGAUCUACAUCGAGGCCAAAGAGCAAACACCUGUCCAGUGCCUAUAGAAGGUCGCACAGAUCACGGUCCCGGUCACAUUCUCCACGUAGAAGGGGCCGGGAGGGUCCAUCAUCAGAGCGGAGACACGAUGUCAAGGAUCACGGGUCCUAUCAUCACAGCAGCAGCUCUGGCUUUCGCAGGGACCAUUCUACAUCCAGGUCCCCUCUUGGAAAAAGAAAGAGCUCCAUCUCAGGAACUAAGAAAACGUCAGGUUCCUCUGUUUCUCCUGACCCAUCACCAAAUAGAGCUUUGUCGCCAUCUUCAAGCCCCAGCUCCAGCCUGGCCCAAUCCAGGGGUGCUUCUCAGGAGAAAGAGCCUGUGUCCUCAUCGAUAGUAUCUGCUGUUCAGUCCAAAAUAACUCAGGAUCUGAUGGCAAAAGUACGUGCCAUGCUUGCCUCGUCAAAGGCUUUCCAGCCUCCCACUUCUUGAAGACAUUCUGAUCAGCUGCUUGCCAAUAACACUCAACGGUUUCCAUGAGAUUAUUCUGCUCUUGGCUCUUUGAGCUCUUUUCGCUUAAUAUCUUUGAUUCACCUCCAUUGGAGAGUCAGCAGAUUAAGGUCAGUACUUAAACUGAAGUGUCUAGUCUGACGCCUAUCAGAGAAAGUGGCUUAGCAGACACUGGUGGAUCAUCAUUCAAUGUUUUCACACAUCAAAUAUAUUUUCUGUAUACUUCGAUAAAUUAAUUAUUUUGGAAUUCAUCCAAAAGACUUGAUGCUCCUUCCAUGAAGGAUGUUUGAUAUUCACAUCUGCCCCCUCUCAUUUUCAACUACAGAAUGCAAAAAUUAUUUGACCUUUUUUUUUUUUUUGCUAUAAUUUCUUAUUCAUUUUAAAGGCUGGUGGUGCCGCUGAAGAUAUAGCACAUGGUCAACAGAUAUAAAAGAACACAUGAAAGGCCCAAAAUCACUGAUUUUGGCAGAUCAAUGCCCAAGCCUUUAAUGUAAGAAGUUAAGUAAUUGUGUUCCAGAAAAAAAUUGUCGAAAACAAAUUUAUGUUUUAGUCCUAACAGGAAUUUAAAAUGAACAAGAAACUGAAGUAACAGAUGUGGUCUAUUUUUUUUUUUUUUUUUUUUUGCCAUGACUGUAUAAUUUUAAUUUUGUACUUCCCCUUAGCAUAACUGUGGUCUAUUGUUUCUGUUUCUGAUCAAAAACUGUCAAUAAAAUUUGA